AUGGGCAAGCUAUGUAGUCAAAAUCAAACAACUUGUUGCUAUUGUGGUGACAUUGUUGUAACAAAAAAAGAUAGAACCUGCCAAGAAAUUAAAUUAUAUGAAUUUGCAAAUUUAGAACUUCAAAAACUGCAAUAUAUAUCUGUAGAUCCAGAUUCUGAUUUACAAUUAAAAAUAAAUAAUGAACUGCAUAAUCAAGAAAAAUUUCACUGCUUUAUUUAUAUUAAAGAAAAUAUUGAUCUUGAAUUACUUCAGCAACUUUUAGAUUGA